AUGUCUGGCGCGGAUUCGCUGUCGUCUGUCGCGCUGCGACCAUGGCCCGCGCCUGCCAAGGAGGCCUUGAGCAAAGAGGACCUCUACGCCCAAGUUGCGCAACUAACGUCGGAGCGAAGACAAUACCUGCGCGACAUUACCGAGAAGACGCUCCUCGAAGACAUCGCGGCCGGGCGGGAUGGCAUUGUGGACACAGUGGAAGGCGGGAAGCAAAAUGAUAAAGAGGACGUAACGUCACAGGCUGAGAUGCUGGAGAAGUUGGGCAGGGCUAGACAUGAGGUCUUCAACAAGCUUGACUGGGCCUCUUUUGCGGCUGGCAACGCGCUCAAUGUCGUUUCCCUCAUCCUUUCCCGCGACCUCGCGAAAUAUCCGAACAAGAAAGAGUCCGAGAACCUCUACACUCCCCCGUUCCAGGAGUUGAAGGUCCCACGCGGAUCGCUGGGGCUGGUCAAAGAAGCACUCCCCGAUGAAGACCCCUCGCAAAUGAGGGCCGAGGAGAAGGCCCGGCUAGACUAUGCCACGCGGAGGCAGGUGUUGGCCAUGAAGGGCUCGCGCAUGGAGGCUCUUGACUGGGCCACCGACACGCUACUCAAAGCUGCGACCGACCUUGAGAGCAACAUCCGCAAAGAGACCAAAUACUGGGAUGAGAUUUUAUCGAUAUCGGACAAGGGUUGGCAGAUGCAGCGCACGCGGAGGGGAGUGCGAAAUGCUCCUUACGCCGUCAAAUACGGGCCUCCGGAAGCCAGCAAUCACUUCAAGGCACGCGGCUUAGCGCCGCUUCGCAUGGACAAGAACGGUGAUAUCAUUCUUGAUCCGACUCUCACCCUCAAACCAAAGACACUUCGCGUGCGGAUCAGCGAAAACGACAGGAUCACAGGCAUCUCCCAAGCGGCGACACGCGGCGUUCUGGACGACCUUGCGAUCGAGAAAUCAAUCCAGCUUGCGCGGGCAUCGCUUUUCGAGGAAGAGCUAUUCUAUGAGAUGUCAAUCGAAAGCCGUCAAUUGCUCUCCUACGGGGUGGAACUGCGGGACACAGUCAUCCAUGUCACAGUGCCAGGCGAACAUCCUACGCAACGUAAAUUGUUAAUUGAUUGUAUAGCCCAGGAUGAUAAUGAUCUUUCUCUUCAUGGCGGCAGUCAGGACUGGCUUGCUCAGGAUAUUGCGGAGGGUUUGCGGAUCUUGCUUGCACACGAACAUCGCAUGCGCCUAUUCAGGCGUACCCGACUCCCACCACCAAUGACACAACACAAGCGCCAACAGCCUACGCCGCCGCUUCUAAGGACUCUGCUCGCUAUGUUCAGUCACCUGAACGCCGUGGACUCGCUCUAUGCCUAUCUUGGCGCAGUUGCAAACACACUGAAGAGCGCUGGACUUGGUUUGACCUUGGAAGCUACCAGGGAGCUGACGUGGGAGAAGCUGACCGCAGCAAUCAAGACAGCCGAAUCUAAAGAUCUCACCGCAACCGAUCAGCUACUGGCUACCCUCAUCCGACCGUUCGAAGGGAAGGCUUCGAUAUCGCUUCCAUCCUCAACCGAAAGCGCACCGGAGAACAUCACCAUCGGCACGAGAACCUACAUUGGCCCGCCGCACUUCGGCACAGAGCACAAGAUCACGUUACCGCCCUCUCUCCUUCAGCUAUUGAACCUGGAGCACGACCCGCAGCGCCAGCUGAAAUUCUCCUCCACCGAGGAGGUGAAAUCAUAUCUUGACUUCAUCCUUUCGCUAGACAUCUCUCAGUCAUUUCUCCUCAAAGAGUUCGGUGGGCGCUCGGUGAUCAAGUCAUCGGAGCCUCGUAUAUCGGUUGUUUCCAAAGGAAGCAGAAAGGGUCUGGUAAAGGAAGACGAUGUCGAGAUCGAGCUGGAAAAGGCAGCAUUGAAAGCGACUGCUACCGCAAUCGGACAGUUGGCCACGGGGGCCGCUAUCGAGAGCUUUACAUGGAAUGGUACUCCAGGGCGACCGCCUCUAAAGGAGAAAGUGAGGAGCUGGCUAUCGUGA